AUUGGCAGCGGUAUCAGUAACGGCAGCGAUAUCAGUAACGGCCGCGGUAACGGUAGCGGUACCGGCAGCGGUAUCGAUAUCGGUACCGGCAGCGGUGUCGCGGUGCCGGGGCGCGCUGCGGGCCGGGGCGCUCGGCGGAGCUGAGCCGGGCCCGUUCCGCCGGUGCGGGGGCGGAAGGCGCCGUGUCCGGGCGGGCCAGCGGCCCCUGCCCCCGGGGCCGGUGCACAGGGGAUGGAGGGGCAGGAAGGGUCCCGCUCGCUCCCGUGCCGCCGGGGCCGGGGGGUGCUCCCCGGGGCGGGGGAGGACCCGCACGUAGGGUGCCGGGAGGCUCGCCCCCGGGGCCGGGCGGGUUUUCCCUCCCCGCAGGGCGGGAGGGUUCGCAUCCGGGGCUGGGGGACCCCCGGGGCGGAGGGGCCGGGUCUGAAGCAGCGUUCUCCCGCAGAGCGGCAGUGUGGGCCCCGCUGCCGGCCAUGGCCGAGCCCGCCGGAGGGGCCGGGCCGCGCCCGCCGCCCGCGGGGCGCAGGAGGUGACGGAGCCCUCAUGAGAGCCCGCAGCAGGUGCCAGGCUGGGGUGACCACAUGCCUUGCAGGUGCUCGCGGGACGCCGGCAGUCGCUGUGUGCUGAGGCUGGCACAGAGACAUGAGUGGCAGCACGAGCCAGCGUGCCGCCGCCCUGGGGGUCCUCUUUGCCCUGAUCAUGUUGCUGAUCAUCUACAGCUCCGGCAACGGGAGCGAGGUGUUCCCCUACAGCCGCCUGCGGGGCAGAGCCCGCCGGCCCCCCGACCUCAAGAAGUGGGGGGUGAAAAGCGGGUACCUGCCCGUCUGCGGGAACAAGACCCUGACUGCCCGCUGCCACCAGUGCGUCAUUGUCACCAGCUCCAGCCACCUCCUGGGCACCCACCUGGGCACGGCCAUCGACGGGGCUGAGUGCACCAUCCGCAUGAACGAUGCUCCCACCACGGGCUACAGUGCUGAUGUGGGCAACAAGACCAGCUUCCGCGUGGUGGCCCACUCCAGCCUCUACCGUGUCCUCAAGCGGCCCCAGGAGUUCGUCAACAAGACCCCGGAGACCAUCUUCAUCUUCUGGGGGCCGCCCACCAAGAUGCAGAAGAGCCUCCUGAAGAUCAUCCAGCGUGUCUGCGCCUCGUUCCCCAACAUGACAGCCUACGUUGUGUCCCCCGGCCGCAUGAAGCAGUUUGAUGACCUGUUCCGGGGAGAGACAGGGAAGGACAGGGAGAAGUCUCGCUCGUGGCUCAGCACUGGCUGGUUCACCAUGGUGAUCGCGGUGGAGCUGUGCGACGCCAUCCACGUCUACGGCAUGGUGCCGCCCAGCUACUGCGGCCACCACCCGCCACCCCGGCGCCUGCCCUACCACUACUACGAGCCCAAGGGCCCUGACGAGUGCACGACCUACAUCCACAACGAGCGGAGCCGCCGGGGCAACCACCACCGCUUCAUCACUGAGAAAAGGGUCUUUGCCAGCUGGGCCGGCCUCUACAACAUCACCUUCUCCCAUCCCACCUGGACCUAGGGGCUGCCCCACGCCUGCUGGGCACACCCCUGUCGCUGGGAUGGAUGGGGGUUCCCCUGCAUCCCCCUGGGAGUGGUGGGAUCCACCAGCUGCCUCCCACAGGACCGCUGCUGCUGUGCAUGGUGGCUCCUGGCACCUGGGAUGUGUUGGGUUUUGAGCUGGUUUUUGGGGACCAGGUGGUGAAUGUAAGAUUUGGGGUGUCCCCCCUCCAUGUGCAGGACACUUGGGUUGAUACCCUGCCCCAUCCUGGUCCACGCACAUUGCAGCCCCUGUGAGGCUGUAAGGGGGCUCCAGGUCCCCUCAGCUCAGCUUUGGGGUCACCACAGAGACUCUUUCCCCCAACCGUCUGGGUGAGGAGACCCCCCUCUUUGGAGCUCAGCCCCCCCUGCCAUCCCCAGCCCCUCAUCCCAGUCCUCAGUCAUCCUUCCCACAGCAGAACCCCACAGUUUUUGGUGGGACGCCACGGGGGUGACAUUACCACCCUCCCUGUCCCAGCACCCCAAAAACGCCAGCCCCUCCCAGCACUGCUGUGCCCCACACUGCCAAAACCUUUUCUAACUGGAAGAUGGGAUUUUUGGGAGCUUUUAGGGGGUUUUGGCUUUUUUUCUCCCCACUUCUAAUCCUGGGGUUUCUACUUGGGCUUCCUGGAUGAAGGAGUGAGCAGGGGCUGCUCAUCGAUGGAAACAAAGGGCCAGCAGCUGCCUGUGAACAAUUUAGAAGUGGGCAGGUAGUGGGGGCCAGUGGUGCCUGGUGACAUCCUGUGGCUGGGACAGGACUUUAAUUUCUCAGCAGCAGAGAAAUUGAACUGGGGAAAGCACCUAAAUGUGGUGUGUUUGGGUGCUGAGCCUUGGCAGGAAUCCAUUCCUCAGUUUCCCUCUGGCUGUGGCUGGGGUUUUGGGGGGCUGGGUGCUGGGGACGCAGUGGGGCACCCGUGUUUUGUAAUUGUUUGUACAGGAAUAAAUAUUGCUGCAGUCUGGUACCUUGA